CCCUCGGGGCGGGGGCGCCGGGGAGGAGCGGGUGCGCGCUCACGGGGACGCAGGCAGCCAGCAGUGCGAGCGGCCCUAGGCGGGAGGCGAUGGCGCGGGGCGCGGAGGGCGCGCUGCUGCUUCUCCUGAUAUGCUUUAACUUUGGAAAUGGACUCCAUUUAGAGGCCUUACACUCAAGAAACGAAAAUAAGCUGCUUCCUAAACAUACUCACUUGGUCAGGCAAAAGCGUGCUUGGAUCACGGCCCCUGUGUCCCUUCGGGAGGGAGAGGAUCUGUCCAGAAAGAAUCCGAUUGCCAAGAUACAUUCCGAUCUUGCAGAAGAAAAAGGAAUAAAAAUUACCUACAAGUACACUGGAAAAGGGAUCACAGAGCCACCUUUUGGUCUGUUUGUCUUUAACAAAGACACUGGAGAAUUGAACAUUACCAGCAUUCUAGAUCGAGAAGAAACACCAUUUUUUCUGCUAAUUGGUUAUGCUGUGGAUGAAAAAGGAAACAACUUGGAAAAACCAAUAGAACUUCGCAUUAAAGUUCUUGACAUCAAUGACAACGAGCCCGUGUUCACACAGGAUGUCUUUGUUGGGUCUAUUGAAGAGUUGAGUGCAGCAAAUACACUUGUGAUGAAAAUCACCGCAACAGAUGCAGAUGAGCCCAAUACUCUGAAUUCUAAAAUUUCCUACAGAAUUGUGUCUCAGGAGCCUGCUUAUCCUCCAGUGUUUUACCUCAAUAAAGAUACCGGAGAGAUUUAUACAACCAGUAUUACCUUGGACAGAGAGGAAUAUAGCAGCUAUACUUUGACGGUAGAAGCAAGAGAUGGCAAUGGACAAAUAACAGAUAAACCCGUAAAACAAGCUCAAGUUCAGAUCCGUAUUUUGGACGUCAAUGACAACAUACCUGUAAUUGAAAAUAAAGUGUAUGAAGGGACAGUUGAAGAAAACCAAGCCAAUGUAGAAGUUUUACGCAUAAAAGUGUUUGAUGCUGACGAAGUAGGCUCCGAUAAUUGGCUAGCAAACUUUACUUUUGCAUCAGGAAAUGAAAGGGGUUAUUUCCACAUAGAAACUGACACUCAAACUAAUGAGGGAAUCGUGACCCUUGUUAAGGAAGUGGAUUAUGAAGAAAUGAAGAGUCUGAACUUCAGCGUUAUUGUCACUAACAAAGCAGCUUUUCACAAAUCAGUUAAGAAUAAAUAUAAGCCUACAUCCAUUCCCAUCAGAGUCAAAGUGAAAAAUGUGAAAGAAGGCAUUUAUUUUAAAAGCAGUACAGUCCGAUUUCAUGCCAGCGAGAGCAUGGAAAAAUCAAGCCAAAGCCAAAUACUGGGAAAAUUUCAAGCUUUUGAUGAAGACACUGGACAAGUAGCCCGAGUAAAAUAUGCCAAGUUGGAAGAUAUAGACAAUUGGAUUUAUGUGGACUCUGCCACAUCUGAAAUUAAACUUGUAAAAAUUCCUGAUUAUGAAUCCAGAUAUGUCCAAAAUGGUACAUACACUGUAAAGAUUGUGGCUGUCACCGAAGAAUAUCCUAGAAAAACCAUCACUGGCACUAUUGUUAUCAUGGUCGAAGACGUCAAUGACAAUUGUCCCACACUGGUCGAGCCAGUGCAGAUGAUCUGUGAUGACGCGAAGUAUGUGAAUGUGACGGCAGUGGACCUGGACGGACCCCAGAACAGCGCACCUUUCAGUUUCUCUAUCAUUGACAAACCAGCAGGAAUGGCAGAAAGAUGGAAAAUAGUACACCAAGAAAGUACCAGUGUACUAUUACAGCAAAACGAACAAAAGGCUGGGAGGAAUCAAAUUCGCUUCUCGAUUUCAGAUAGUCAGGGCUUCAGUUGCCCUGAAAAGCAGAUCCUUGACCUCACGGUGUGUAAGUGUGUGGAAGGCAGAAGUUGUGCAGAAAGGCGAUCUUGGUCUGACUCCUACGUUGGCCUGGGGCCUGCAGCAAUUGCACUCAUAAUUUUGGCCCUUCUGCUCUUGCUACUUGUGCCGCUGCUUCUGCUGACAUGCCAUUGCGGCGAGGGCGCCAAAGGCUUUACCCCUAUCCCUGGUACGAUAGAGAUGUUGCAUCCUUGGAACAACGAAGGGGCGCCCCCUGAAGACAAGGUGGUGGUCCCACUCCUGGGAGCGGAUCACAGAGAUGGUGUCGCAGCAGGCGGCGGAGUUGCAGGUAUGAUGAGCAAAGAGGCCACUGUGAAAGGAAGCAGCUCCGCCUCCUUUACCAAAGGGCAGCAUGAGCUCUCUGAGAUGGACAGCCGAUGGGAGGAGCACAGAAGCCUUCUCUCCGGUGGGGCCACCCAGGUUACAGGGACCACAGGAGCUGUGGUGAGCACAGAAACCAUGAGGACCACAAGAGCCACAGGGGCUUCCAGAGAAAUGGCUGGAGCUCAAGCAGCUGCGGUGGCAGUGAACGAGGAAUUCUUACGAACUUAUUUCACUGAGAAAGUUGCCUCUUACACUGAGGAAGAUGACAUUCACAUAGCCAAAGACUGCCUGCUGGUCUAUUCUCAGGAAGAAACUGAAUCUCUCCAGGGUUCCAUUGGCUGUUGCAGUUUUAUUGAAGGAGAGCUGGAUGACCGCUUCUUAGAUGACUUAGGAUUGAAAUUCAAGACUCUUGCUGAAGUUUGUUUGGGUCAAAAAAUAGAGAUGGAUGCAGAAAUGGAGCAGAGGCCAAAAGCUGUGAGAGAAACCAGUGGGCAGGCACCUUCCGGUUCACUUUAUGAGCAAACCAGGGUUAAUUCCGAGAAUGCUUAUUCCUCUGGUAGCAGCUUCCAAGUUCCCAAACCUUUGCCUGAAGUAAACACAGAGAAACUAACUCAGGAAAUAAUCACUGAAAAGUCUGUAUCUUCCAGGCAGGGUCAAACAAUAGCCGCACCACUUUCUGAUCCAUUGGCUUCUGGCAACAUGAUAGUGACAGAAACGUCCUAUGCCACGGGCUCCACUCUGCCACCAAGCACUGUGAUCCUGGGCCCCAACCAGUCUCAGGGCCUGAUCGUGACAGAGCGGGUCUAUGCCCCAGCUUCCUCCUUGCUAGAUCAGCAGUACGCCAGUGAGGGUCACGUGGUGGUCACCGAGAGAGUGAUCCAGCCUGAUGGGGGCACAUCUGGCCCUCUGGAAGGCCCUGGGCAUCUCCCGGAUGCCCACUAUGUCAUGGUGAGGGAGAGAGAGCGCUUCCUUACCCCCAGCUCCAGCCUGCAACCCCCGAUGGCUGUGCCUAGUGUAGCCAUAGGACAGAACAUGACAGUGACAGAAAGAGUGCUAAGCCCCGCCUCCACUCUGCAGUCUAGCUACCAGAUUCCCACUGAAACCUCUGUAACUACCAAAAAGACUGUGGUCUCUGGAACCAGAGUCCCAGGCCCUCUGCCCAACUUGGGCUUCGAGGAGCCUGGUCAUUCUAAUCAUACCAUAACCGCAUCUUCCACCAAAGUCACCAAGCAUAGCACCAUCCAGCAUGCUUACUCCUAAUCAGCCGUCGGCCACACUCUGACCCAGAGUGUAGCUAGCAGCGUUGAUUUCUGAUUUCCUGUUUUCAAAGGACCUGGUUUUCAUAACCCUCACAAACAUUUAAAGCACAUAAUACCUUAGGCUUAAACUUCUUCUCAGUCACUAAAAUGCAGAGAACCUUACUGUCUCCUCUCUAGGAGUGCAAUUCAGAAAUGCCCCAGGACUGGCUGAGGGCAUGAUGGUGAUGCUGUGCCUUUGGUGCCUUUUAGUGACUUGUGGCCAAACCAUAUUCACAAAGCAAGUUAAAUAGAGCAAAUCUGGCUUCUGAGAAUGUAUCAAAGUACUGGAAUUCCUCAGUGACUCAGUGGGUUAAGGAUCCAGUGUUGUCACUGCCAUGGCACAGGUUUGAUCUCUGGCCCAGGAACUUCCACAGCCAAAAAAAAAAAAAAAAAGAAUUUAUCGACUGAAUAGUUCAUGAGCCAUCCAGUAGAGCCACCCACAGCACUGAGUGGGCCGCUUUGCCUACCUCAUUGUCAUUUAACAUUACUCUUCUAGCCCAUACUUCCCUAUACCUAGGAAAUUAUCAACAAUUCAUUUAUCCAAAGAUACAUAACACAGUCCAAGUAACCAGUUCUGUUUGUUUGGUUUCCUUAAGCCAAGAGCCCCUUCAGUUCAUGUAAGGUUAAUUUAAUUUAAUUUAAUUUUUUUUUUUUUUUUUUUUUUUGUCUUGUCUUUUUAGGGCCUCAACCACAGCAUAUAGAAGUUCCCAGGCUAGGGGCCAAUCAGAGCUGUAGCCACUGGCCUACACCACAGCCACAGCAAAGUGGGAUCCAAGCCGUGUCUGCGACUUACACCACAGCUCAUGGAGACACUGGAUCCUUAACCCACUGAGCGAGGCCAGGGAUCGAACCCACAGCCUCAUGGAUGCUCAUCUGGUUCAUUAACCACUGAGCUACGAUGGGAAUUCCAGCAAUUGAAUUUUAGAACACUAACAUGGUAAGAACACACAUUGUGUGGUUCUGUGCAUGUAACUGUGUGUGAGUGUAUGUGUGUCCAUACAUGUGACUCUGAGCAUGUGUGUGUGUGUGUGUGUGUGUGUGUGUGUGUGUUGUAUGACCUUCAAAAUAGCAUUAUACCUUCCCUUUGUCUCUCAAUAAUCAUGAAAAUAUUAAGUACUUCAAAUUCAGUGGAAUAAUCCAGGGCAAAACUCAUAAAUAUAGUUUAUUUUUUAUAGUAAUAAUAUACUAUUUUUAAAAAAACCCUCAGGACACAUUAUCUUCUAAUUUAGUACAGCUAUAUUAACUAUGAACACUGUGGUUAAAAAACUGUGCCUAUUCCCCUGCUAUUUAUCCUCAGUGCCGACUAUGGGUGUGCCAAAUCAAUAUUUGUAGAAUUAAACUGAAUUUCAGAAGCCAUUCCCUUUUAACUAGAAUUGAAAAAAAAAUAUUGAAAGACCCUGUAAUUUUUAUAAUUAUGAGUUUAAAAUUAUGAUUUAUCCCAUGUCUCAAAAGUCAUUGGCUAGCUGGUCAUAGCUUACUCCCUGAGUAUUAAAUACUAUAUAACUAACCUGAAUUUGAACAGCAGCUUGCCUUUCUUUUUGAAAAGGGAUUCAGGUGUUUGACAAUAAACAGAGGGAAUUCUUAUUGCCCCUUGAAGAAAGAAUCCAUUUCAGGUUUCAAAGUGCAUAUCAGUAGUAAUUUAUAUAUUCUCCACCACAAAAUAA